AUGUUUUGUGAUGAGACUUUACUUGUGUCAUUUAGGUGUGUUAUGAACGCCGCGCGUCAUACCGCCUCAGCCACCACACAGCUGAUUAACGCCUCAAAGAACGCUAACAAAUCCAACACUAACAAAACCUCGGAACAUCAACUGACUCAACAAUGCCAGAUCAUGAAUGAACAGCUGCCUCUGUUGAUCCAAGGAUUCCGGGGAUCUGAGACAAACCAGGACAGCGCUACAGCCCAGCUACAAGUGAUCAAUGCUAGCAAGGAAUUUAUACAGCCUACCAGUCAGCUGGUAUCCGCCGCAAACGCCGCAGCCCCAACGGUUGGAGAUCAAGCUGCAAGCAUGAACAUGAACCAGGCAGUGAAGAUGAUGACCACCGCGCUCGCGGAGCUGAGAACCGCCUCAGGGAAGGCAGAGGAGAUGUGUAUCUCACUGGAGGUGGACGCCGCGCUUGAUCAGCUGACCGAACUCGACCGCGAGCUGGAGGAGUACCGCAGAGCCACUGACAGCGGUAACCUUGUGCCACUACCCGGUGAAACGGUGGAGGCGUCGGCCAUGAAACUUGGCUCCACCUCUAAGAACGUGGGAUCGGCGAUGGCUCAGCUACUGACGGCUGCCUCACAGGGCAAUGAGAAUUACGUGGGUGUAGCAGCCAGGGACACCGCGAACGCUCUCCACGUGCUGACAGAAGCCACGCGCGGUGUCGCCUCAACCUCAGGAACAACCUCAGAAGACAUCGAGGUCAGACGGCAAGUGAUCGACAGCGCCUGUGACGUCAUUGACAAGUCGACGCAUCUACUGGAGGAGACGAAGCGAGCCAUGAACGACCCAGAAAACCCUGAGAACCAGGCUCGACUUAACCAGGUGGCCAAGGCUGUGUCGAGUGCGCUCAACAACUGUGUGAACGCCCUUCCCGGACAGAGAGACGUGGAUAACGCCAUCAGACAGAUCACAGACUCGAGCCAGAAGCUGGCGUCCACCAAGUACCCGAGCACAGACCGCACGUUCCAGGAGAUCCAGAUCGAGAUCAACAACGACGCUGUCAAUCUCAACCAGGCCGCCAGUGACAUCGUCACCGCAUCUCGUGGCACACCUAAACAACUCGCCGAGUCAUCUCGCGAGUACAGCUCGUCUUACUCAGAGUUCAUCAAAUCUGGACUCACCAUGGCAGGUCUGUCCAAGGAUGGAGACACGCAGAACCAGAUUGGUGGCGGACUGAAGAACGUCUCCAUGGUUUCAAGUAAACUGCUGCUGGCCGCCAAAUCUGUGUCGGCUGAUCCAAACGCUCCCAACACCAAGAAUCUGCUCUCACAGGCCCAAAUUGAGGCCCAAGAGAGGAUUUUGUUGUUGGAGAAGCAGCUUGAGGACGCGAGGCGCCUGAAGGAGAAACUGGCGGAGAAACGCGACCAGAUGGCUGUCUAG